AUGCAGGAUGCGGUACCAAAACAGUCGUUUGACGGUGUUUUCGACGCUACGAAAGAUGGUCCUGUGUGCGUUCAAAGACAAAGUAUAAAAUUCGGCGAUGAAAUCAUUGUCAUUGGUGAGGAGGACUGUCUCACGAUCAACGUUUAUACACCCGCUUGUCCUCAGGCGACGAAUCCACCAUCUAAUAAUUCGUUGCCAGUUUUUGUGCUUUUCCACUUCGGCUCCUGGGUCGAGGGAUCCAAUCGCGAGGCCAUCUACGGACCCGAAUUCCUGUUAAAUCGCGACGUUGUCUUAGCGGUGCCUAAUUAUCGCCUUGAUGCUAUCGGAUUCCUUAACACUGGCGACAAUGUCACUAUCGGGAAUUACGGAUUCAGGGACCAAGUCUUGGCCUUACAAUGGGUGCAAGAUAACAUUGCUGCUUUCGGUGGGGACCCGAGUCGGGUCACUCUCAUUGGCGAGUCCUCCGGGGGCUCAGCUGCUACGUUGCACUUAAUGUCACCACUCAGUAAAGGAUUAUUUGCGUACGUUAUCGCAAUGUCUGGGAGCGCAUUGUCCCCUUUAUCCUUCACAGAGAGGCCAGUUGCCGCAAACGCGACACAACGACUCGCUGAGUUGGUUGGAUGUCCAGUUUGCCCCUCAGAAGAUCUUACUAACUGCAUGCGAAACGUACCCGCUGAAACGCUUAUCCUAGCGCAAGUUAAUUUGACUUCAGAUAGGUUUCCACCAUUCGUUCAACUAUAUUUUCUUCCAACGUUGGAUUACGAUUACUUGGCCAACCCGACGUUCCCGUUCGAUCCGAGGAUAGCUGAUAUGACAGAACCUAUACCGCUGAUGACAGGAAGCAGCACAAAUGAUGGCCUCUUUUAUUUAUCAGCUGUCUACAAUAUCCCGGGGUUCGAGGAGCUCAUUUACAAAUAUUACAAGUACUUUUUGGCGAGACUAAUGGAUCUUGGGCAUCUUUUCCCGAUGUACGCCAUUCCAACCGUCAUGGACCGGGUUUACAGUCGCUAUUUCCAAGAUCAACCACUCUCAAGGGACUACCAAUCAAACCUCAAGCAAAUGUUUACAGACUAUGAUUUCUUCAUAACGACUGCAAUUCCAGCCUUGAGGCACGCAAAAAUCGGAGCUCCGACUUGGUAUUACGUUUACGACUACGAAACGGAAGUAUCUUUCAACGAUCUCCUAUUCGAUCCGAGUAUCAGUAGCACUCUAGAUAAACCGGGGCAUCUUGAUAAUCUUUUGACAUUAUUUCCGAUGCCCGAGUACUUCCCAAACAGGACAUACUCGGACGCAGAAAUAGAAUUCAUCAGGAAUCGUGUGGAUUUAUGGGUAACUUUUGCCGCCACUGGAAAUCCAACGACUGGAAAUGACAACAUACAAUGGGAUCAAGUUGGAUCACUAGAAAAUUGCACUGUCUUAGUACUGGAUAAAAAUUACCGGCUGGAUAACAAAUACAGAAGAGAUGCACUGUUAUUUUGGAUCGAUCUUUUGCAAAAAUAUUCAGGCUUGCAGAUUCUCUAA